CCAGAAAUCUCAAAUCAAACGGCAUCCCGUUUAAACCCUUUUGCCUUGGUUCAAAGAUCCUCCACUUUCCCACAGGUUUCCUUCUUGAUUUUCCGGUAUGAGAAACUUCCAUGUCGUGUGUUCGUCACCAAAUUGACUUGUCAAAUAAUCUCUAAGAAUAGUUGAAGCUGGCAACCCCAUUUGACCAAUCAAUCCUUUUAGCAGCCAGCCAUCCAAGAAAUUAAAUCACAUCCAAAUCUGCCCCUUAUUAUAUUUUCCUUCUGUUUCUUGAUCUUGAACUCUAUCAGAACAAAGAAAUCACUGCAAGGAAACGUCUGCCAAUCUCUCAGGCAAGAAAACGAGAGGAAGGAAAGAUGAAUGAUUUGUUUUCUGGGUCUUUCUCUCGCUCCCGCAGUGGCGAAGCGUCCCCUGAUCACCAUGUAAUCCAGAUGUCGGAGACGCCGCCGUCCAGUGAUGGUGUCAAUCUUGAUAAGUUCUUUAAGGAUGUGGACUCUGUUAAAGACGAGCUGAAGGAGUUGGAGAAGCUGAAUGAGAAUCUUCAGUCAGCUCACGAGCAGAGCAAGACUUUACACAACGCCAAGGCCGUCAAGGACUUGCGGUCGCGGAUGGACACCGAUGUUGCUCAAGCGCUGAAGAAAGCUAAGCUCAUCAAGGUCCGGCUGGAGGCACUGGACAGUUCCAACGCUACUAAUCGGAGUCUACCUGGAUGCGGACCUGAGUCUUCGUCGGAUCGUACCAGGACGUCUAUAGUCAACGGGUUGAGGAAGAAGCUGAAGGAUUCUAUGGAGAGUUUCAAUAGACUGAGAGAGAAGAUAUCAUCAGAAUACCGAGAGACUGUACAGAGGAGAUAUUUCACCGUUACCGGCGAGAAUCCCGAUGAGAAAACACUUGAUCGCUUGAUCUCUACAGGUGAGAGUGAGACAUUUCUGCAGAAGGCAAUACAAGAACAGGGAAGGGGAAGGAUUUUGGAUACAAUAAAUGAGAUACAGGAGAGGCAUGGCGCUGUGAAGGAGAUGGAGAAGAAUCUGAAGGAGUUGCACCAAGUGUUUUUGGACAUGGCAGUAUUGGUGGAAGCUCAAGGUGAGCAAUUGGACGACAUAGAGAGUAACAUGCAGAGAGCAAGCUCCUUCGUCCGAGGAGGAACCCAGCAGUUGCAAACUGCAAGAGCUUACCAGAAGAACACCAGGAAAUGGACUUGCUACGCUAUCAUUCUUUUGCUGAUCAUCAUCCUUGUAGUGUUGUUCACCGUCAGACCAUGGGAAUAGUGUGUAUAUAUAUAUAGAAGAGUGGAACUGAUAUUUGAGAUGGGAUUUGGAGUUUAGUUUUUUUAUGAAAAUCCAUAGUUUUACAAUGUUUAAGAGUGGAGAUGCCAUUGAUUCUUUCAGUUUGAAGGCUUUUCUUGUUUGAGUUUCCAUAUUCUUUUGGUUUGAUUAAUGUUAUUCCAGAAUUGAAUUAUCUUGUUG